AUGGCACUUCAAAAAUUAUAUGCUCGUUUUUACCCACCAGCAUUAUAUGCUGAAGUGCUUGAUAGCAAUGGAAGAUUGACAAAACGCAAUUUAAAUAUCCCAGAACUCACUCUAUUAACAGAUAUUCCUGCAUUAGCUGUUGAAAUCAUGACUCAUAAUGAUGAUUUUAAUUCCCAUAACGAACCACAGAUCAAAAAAGCUUUGAAAGAACUUACAGCUGCUCAAUUUCUCGAAUAUAGUAAUUAUAGCAAUCCAAAAACUUUCAAAACACACGUUAUGCCUAUAAUCGGAUCAAAGUUUAAUAAAGACGGACAGAUAUUUAUGACAUAUUCUUAUGAUAGAUCAGCAAAAAUCUGGGAUUCAGAAAAAGGACAAAUGAUUUGCGCUUUAAACGGCCAUACAAACGCAGUUUCCGAUUGUUGCUUUAAUAAUCCAGUAGGAGAUCUCGCAGCAACAUCAUCUUACGAUCGAACUUGUCGAAUUUGGGAUCUUCAAAAUGCAAAGUGUAUUUAUUUACUCACAGGCCAUACAAAAGAAGUUAUUACAAUCAAAUUUGAUCCGACUUCCAAAUACGUCAUGUCAGGAUCCUUUGAUUCUUCCUGUAUUUUGUAUGAUGUCGAAACAGGAGCUACUAUUCAUACAUUUGAUGAGCAUGCCGGCGAAAUACAGUGCCUAGAAUUUUGUAAUACAGAGCCAUUAUUCAUUUCUGGCUCUGCAGAUAACACUGCAAGAUUAUGGGACAUCAGAUCCGGAGAAUGCGUUUUUACUUUACGUGGACACAAAGCAGAGAUAUCAAAUGUGCACUUUGAUAUACAAGGAAAGCAUAUCUUCACAAGUUCUCUUGAUUCAAGUAUGAGAGUUUGGGAUAUCAGACAAUCGUUGGCUCAAUACAUAAUGAAAGGUCAUGAAGGCCCUAUAAUUGAUACAAACGUUUCGGUUGAUGGUAAAAAAGUUGCAACUGCAUCAAGUGACAAAACUGCAAAGAUUUGGAAUGUUGAAACAGGCGAACUAAUAGGAACAUGUGUAGGACAUGCAGCAGAAGUAGGAAAUGUAAGAUUUACUCCUCAAGGAUUCAAAUUAAUUACAACAAGUGAUGAUACAACGGCAAGAGUAUGGAACGCAGAGACAUGUGAGCUAGAAGAGUUAUUAAGAUCUCAUACUGAUAUCAUUUUAACUCUGGAUAUGAAUUAUAUGGGUGAUAAGAUUUUAACAACGUCAAAAGACAAUACAGUGAAGAUUUGGAACGCAAAAGAGAAGAAGCAAAGACAUGAAAAUAUAUUAGCUGCUUAA